AUGAAAGCAUCCUACCUGGGCGCGAUGGGAUACUCCGAGCGUCACCUCUUCCCGAAUUCCUGGCCCAUUCCCCCUGCCUACCACGACCCCAAGCUUUCGGUUCAAAGCUACCAGGAAGGCAUGGACGAGUGCGAGUUCGCCGAGGAGAUGGGCUUCGAGUGGAUCAGCUUUUCCGAGCACCACUAUUCAGGCCGCAUCGCCACUGGCAAUCCCGCCGUGAUGGCAGCCGCCGUGGCCGAGCGGUGCAAGAAAGUCAAGCUGGCCAUGCUGGACCCCUCCUUCCCCUCAACAAUCCGGUUAGGAUAG